AUGUCGUCACGCCUCUACUUGCGGCUGCCCAACUUGCCGUCGUUCCACCGUGCCAUCACGUCCUUCCUCGGCUUUAUGGAUCUCAAGAUCGGAGCCUCCAUCCUGACCCUAUUCGCGCUCUUCAACAAGACAGCAGGCGUAUACGGUAUCCUUGCCGUUUUUCAAGGCGGCACAUUCUCUCAGGUAGCUCUGUACCUCUACUCGAUAGCCACCAUCGUCCUCUUUCUGUGGGGUCUCAAGGGAAUCUCUGACGAGGAUGCGCAACACGUGCUCACCUACGCCCACCUCUUCACACUCGACCACAUGAUCUCCACGUUCUGGACGCUCCUGUUCACCUUCAACUGGUUCUACUUUACCCCGCACGACGGCCAACCUACCACCACCCAGUCGUCGCACCAGACUGGCCUCAUGGAUCUCAUCGAGACGCUCGAGUCUCAGUACAGGACACCCGAAGAGAUGCUCAAGCUGCAUCACGAGAAGUUGACGCCGGAGCAGCGCAAGAUGAGCGCAAAUCAGAUCUGGAAGGAGGAAAAGGACUUUUCCGCGGCGGUGCUGACUCUAGGCUGGCUGGUCAAGAUCUACUUUGCAUUGGUGCUGUACUCGUACGCGCUGCAUCUGCGUCACGGCACCUACCGUACAUUGCCGCUGUCCAAAGCGUCGGCCAGCUCGGCAGCGUCGCGAAAUGGUGGACGCUCCGAGUAUCGCUACCAUCCCGUGGUCGAAGAGGAAGAGCUGGAGAGCUGGAGCGACGACGAGGCCGAAGCAGAGGCAAACAAAGCGCCAAAGGCCAACGGUACCAACGGUGCCAACGGCAGCGCUUCAAUACCAUCAGCAGCAGCGUCUUCCGGCAAUGGUGCAUCAGGUGGAGCCAGGGCUGUCAUUGACCGUUUGGCAGUAUGA